AUGUCUAUGAAAUCAAACACCAACAUAAGCACAGACCAGUUGGCUCUUCUUGCACUGAAAACCCAUGUUAACAGUGAUCUUCAAUCUACCAACUGGUCAACUGCUACCUCUAUUUGCAAUUGGAUUGGUGUGACUUGCGGAUCUCGACAACAAAGAGUAACCGCUCUGCAUCUCUUUGGUAUAAAUCUUUCUGGCACCAUACCACCCCACUUGGGAAAUCUGUCUUUCUUCAUAUUGCUCGACAUCAGAAACAACAAUUUUUAUGGUGCAUUACCCAUCGAGUUGGCUAAGUUGCAUCGGCUAAAAUCUUUAUGGUUGGAUAACAACAAUUUCAAUGGUGAAAUCCCUUCAUGGUUCGGUUCCAUCAGUAAAUUGCAAAAUUUGUCUUUGUCUGGCAAGAAAUUCAUAGGUGUUAUCCCAUCAUCAUUGUGCUCUUUGUCGAAAUUAGAGUUGUUGUACUUGGAUUACAAUAAUUUGCAAGGACAGAUUCCCGUGGCAAUCAGAAAUCUUUCUAAGGUUGGCACAACAUUACUAGUGCUAUCCUUGAUUUUUAUCAUUUCACUAAGUCGGAAAAGGAUUGUAAAGGUGCUAACUGAUCAGGAAAAUUCUCAAGCUUUAUUGGAAUGGAGAAGAAUUUCAUACCAAGAGCUUUACGAGGCCACAAAUGGAUAUUGUGAAAGCAAAUUACUUGGUGCAGGGAGUUUUGGCUUAGUAUACCAAGGUACUCUUUUAGAUGGACUGGACAUUAUAGUAAAGGUCUUCAAUUUAGGGCUAGAAGGUGCAUUUAAGAGUUUUGAUGUUGAGCAUAAGGUUUUGCGUAACAUUCGCUAUCGUAAUUUAAUCAAAAUCAUCAACAAUUGUUGUAAUGUUGAUUUUAAAGCCUUGGUUCUUCAAUUUGCACCUAAUGGGAGCCUCAAGAAAUGGUUGUAUUCUCACAAUAAUUUUCUAGAUAUAUUGCAUAAGUUGAACAUAAUGAUUGAUGUGGCAACUGCAUUAGAAUACCUCUACCAUGGUUAUAUAUUACCUAUGGUUAAUUGCGAUCUAAAACCAAGCAAUAUUCUGCUUGAUGAAGAUAUGGUUGCACAUUUGGGUGAUUUUGGCAUGGCAAAGUUGUUAGGCGAAGAAGAUUCAACAAUGCAAACUAUGACACUAGCAACAAUUAGUUAUAUGGCACCAGGUGAUGACUAA